AUGUUUGCAGUAGAUGUGAAUACAACUACUGGAAUUGGUUAUGAAUGGUCAUAUGUCAAUGGAUCAUUACCAUCACACGUGCAAACAGAUAAUGAAACAUUAAUUAUUUCGAUCGAAAAUUCUCAAGAUAUUAAAAAUGUUUAUAAAUGUUCAAUUAAACAAUAUGGCGUUCAAAUGGGUGAAGCAACGUUCCAGUUGGAUAAUGAUCUUUUUCCAGAAUCAGACGAAGGAGAAGAAGAGGAAAUUGUAACAACAACAACAACAACAACUACGAGAAUACUGAGUCCAGUUGGUCAGCAAUUGACAACAAGUACAAUAACACCAUUAUCCAGUGUGCGACAAUAUCCAAACAUUCGAUUAACGUUUUCAAGUACUACAAGUUUAGUGUCCUCGGAAGAUAAUUUAUAUGUUGAUUGUGAAACAGAUGAUCCAACAGCCUAUGUUGAAUGGUUACCACAUGUAAGACGAUCACUGUUUGUCAAAGAUGAUUAUUCUCAACAAUCUGCUACAUUAACAUUUGUUCCGGUAACAAUAGACGACGAAGCUACGUACAGUUGUCUAUCAACUAAUGAUCGACAAACAUCAGUAACUUCAUUUUCAUUAAAAAAUCUUGGAAAUGAUCGUCUUAUUGCUACUAAUGUCGAAUAUGAGAAACCAAUGACACAAACAACAACAGCACGUAUUCCACCAGCAGCAAUUGUCGUUUUAGAUGAACAUGAGCAACGUCAAUUGGGUGAUACAUUAAAAAUAAGAUGUGAAACAAAUAGGAAUGCAAGUGAUUUUCGAUGGACAAAAGCAGACAAUGAAUAUCAACAAUUGAACAUCGAAAACGAUGAUGUUUUAGUACUCAACCAGUUGUCAUUCGAACAACUAGGUAUAUAUACCUGCAUAGUAAAGAACGACGUUGGUGAAAGUCGAAAGAAUAUAACGUUAACUCAUAAUCCAGAUGGAAUUAUUGAAUAUCAGGUUGGAAGUUAUACACAGUAUACCCGGUCGCCACCACAAAAUUAUAACGAGGAAAAUCAACAAUCUAAUACAAAUCAAGAGAAGGAAGAAGACAGAUAUGAAAGUACCACAAUUCAAACAACGGUCAAUGGUAAUAGUAACGAUAUCGGGAAUGGUAACGUUAAUGGCAACGGUAAUAGUAAUGAUAAUGGUAACUGGAAUGGGAAUGGUAAUGGCAAUGGUAAUGGUAAUAAAAAACCAUUUAUUAUUCUGAAAUUAAAUGGAACAAGUGAAUAUCAUCGAGGAGGAGAUGUUCAGGUGCAUUGUGAGACAAACACUGAUAAUGCUGUUAUUCGAUGGAAAAAGACAAGUGGUUCGCCAUUAUCAUCAACCAGCAAUGUUGUACUCGAUAACAAACGUUUAUUAAUAAAAGAAUUUGAUGUUCACAAUUUUGGCACAUAUACGUGUGUUGUUCAAAAUGAAUAUGGACAGAGUGAAAAAUCUGUUGUAUUAGAAAAAAUUAUGUUUCGUGGCUUUAAUGAUGAUAAUAAUACUCAGAUAACAUCCUUCGAUGAUUAUCAUAUGUUACCAAAACUUCGUAUCGAUAUUGAAGUAGAACCACAUUCAUCGUUAAAUGAAUUAACAGAAACAAAUCAUCAAUUAAAAUUACGUUGUAAUUCCAAUGGUGAUAAACCAGUGGAAAUCCAGUGGGAAAUUGAGAAGCACAGAGGGUAUGAUAUGGAAGAGGUGCAUGAUGCAACAAUAAUAAUUGCUCAAUUAUCAGCAGACGAUCUGGGUGCCUAUAGAUGUAUUGGUACGAAUGAUCAAGGAAGUUCAACAAAAAGUAUUCAAAUCAAACGAAAUGAAGCAAAUGAAUUAAUGAGUGCAUUAUCUGAUUACUAUUUAUUAACACCAAUUCAAUCCAACUAUCCAAGUAUCGAUAUUCGAUUUUUAACACAAACAUUAGAAAUUCGUGAAGGAGAUCCAAUUGAAAUUGAAUGUUUAAGCUCAUCUCCGGCAAUAUGGAAGCUAGACGAAUCAUCUGAUCAUGAUAUUGUUAUCGAUAAAAAGCGCCUUGUUAUCGCCUCAUUUUCUAAACGAAAAUAUACGAACAGACUUCUGUGUCAAGCAGAAUCCAGAGAAACAGACGGAAUUACUGAGGUUCACAUCUCAUUUGAGCCACGUGAAGUAUAUCAAAGUGGAUUAUUAAUCUACCAGAUCGCUGUCAGUCAUCGCUCUUAUUAUUCUUCAUUGUCGACUGAUGUUAGCCAAGAGUCAACGACGAAAACAGUUGAAGAACCACCACAACUGCAGUUGAAAGUACUUUCAACAGUAGACGAUUUAGAAAAUAAUCGUCAAGUUAAAAUCGAAUGUGUAUCAGAUUCUUUAACGGACAGAAUUGAAUGGCAUCGUCCAGAUGACAAAAAGUUUACCUCCAAUGUUCGUAUUGAACGUGGUCUCUUCCUCAUUGCUCCUAUAACAGCGGAAGAUGUUGGCGUUUACUAUUGUUCAACAUCAAAUUCAAUUGGUAAUGGUGAAAUUCGUUUUUAUUUAGAACGUAAAUACGUAGAUUUUGGAAGAUAUAAAUUUGAAUAUCAUAUGUCUAAACCAAUUUCAUGGCUUCAAGAUGAAAUGAAAUCCACAUAUCCGGUAAUAGUUGACACUACAACUACAACCGAAAAAAUGACGAGAAAACAAGCGACUAUUGCGCACUUUAAUGGUAGAAAACGUGGAAUAUCAAUUAAUUUUGAUUUUAAUCCAACAAAUCCUCAAGAUAUUAGUUUAGGAAAACAAUUGACGGUAGAAUGUUUAGCUGAUUAUGAUAUACACACAAAAAUUCGUUGGCAACGUAUAUCAGAUCAUGCUAUUGGCUUUUCACCUGAGACGUUAGACGAAGGUCCACUAUUACAAUUUAAACCGUUAACUGUAGAACAAUUGGGUUCAUAUGAAUGCAUUACUUCAAACACUCGUGAACAAACACAAUCCUCAGCUGUUUUAAAUAUUGACAAAGAGACAAAUGGAAGUAUUAUAGCCUAUAUGGAACAGUUUAUCAAUAAUAAACAGACGAGAGAAGAUGAUGAAAACGAAUCAUAUGUAGCACCAUUAAUUAAAAUUAAUUUUCUUCGUUCAAUGUAUCCUAUCCCAGCUGGAGAACGAUUUGAAAUGAUGUGUGACGGUUUGUUUUCAUCAUCACAAGCUGAAUGGAAAACAUCGUCUUUAUCCAAAUAUGGCGUAAAUAUUGCUCAAAACGUCUUUAUUAUAGAACCGUUUACAGAUACUGCUCUUGAUCUAGUGACAUGUCAUGCACAAAAUGAUGAUAAUAAAGAAUAUUCAGAUGUUAAAAUAUUAUUUGAAAAGAUCGGUGAAGAUUAUCAAGCUCGUAUACAUAGUACAACAACUGUUUUUGGUAAUGUUAAUAAUCGUGACAUAGAUUCACUUAAAAAAUUACCGUUAUUAAUAAUUGAUAUUAAACGUCAAGUAUCAACCACCUAUAUUCAACGUGGUGAACAUUUAACAAUUGAUUGUCAUAGUGAUAUAUCAUUAUUAAAACCCUCAUGGAAUAUAUCAACAAAUCUAGGCAAUGAACUAAAAGAGUUAGGAACAAUCACAAUUAAUGAUGUUUCAACAAAGAAUAUUGGCUUUUAUAAUUGUUCAAUUCAAAAUGAAUAUGGAACAACGUAUGCUGCUUUAACCUUUAAUUUAAGAACUAAAGAUACAUUCUUUAUCGAUCUUUACGAAUCAACAACAUCUGUUGCUCAUUUACACGUAUUAACAGCAGAAACAAUACCAGGUGGAAAUAUGAAAGUGUUGUGUGAGGUUGAAGGUAAUGAAGAGAGUCAAUGGUUCUACGAAGGUUCACCGGUAAUGCCGCCAAUUGCCAAUGUAACCGGUCGACUAUUAAAUAUAAAAAUAGAUGAUCGUAGUGAUAGUACAUUUAGUUGUAAAACAAAUCAACAUGGAUCAACAGAAAUUCAAAUACAUUUCAGUUCAACAUUAUCAAAUGCCAACGGUUAUAUUAAUCGAUGGACUAUCACACCCGCUAAUAGAAAUGAAAGUCAUAAAAUUGUAUCAUAUAAUAAUAUAAAAACUAUAUCUCAAAUUCAAGAAUUGGAUCAGCCAUUAAUGAUGCCAGACUAUACGGAUGGUUCAGUGCCAUGGAUCCAUUUAAACAUAAAAUCGGGAUGGAAAAACGUAUUUAAAAAUGAUCAAUUAAUUAUUGAUUGUAAUGCACCAGCGGAAUUUAAAACUCAAUGGUAUCAAAUAAAUACAGCAAAGGAUCGAGUUCAAUUGACCAGUAAUGGUACAUUACAGUUAGAUGCUGAAAGUAAUGAUUUGAUUUAUGAAUGUUUUACAAUAAAUAGUGAAAAAUUAACAGAAAAAAUAGAAGUUCAGGUUAAAUCACAUGAUACCUAUUAUGAAAUUGAUUUUCCAGAAUUAAAAUUCAUCAAUGGAAUUCGGUCACCAUCUAUCUAUGAAUAUCGUAUGGAAAAAUUACAGUUAAUAUGUCCAGUACAAGAUGGAAGUGUACGAUGGACAAAACUUAAUAAUAACGAAAUAUCGUCAAUGGUAGUGAAUGGAAAUAUGUUGACAUUGACAAAUGUGGCAGAAAAUCAUCAAGGUGUGUAUGAGUGUCAAUUCGAUGAUAAAAAUUACUCAACAGUGAAGCUAAUUGCUCAUCUAUCAUUCAUGAACUCGACACAUUACUUAAUCCAAUGGAAACAUGUUUUACUUAUACCAAAUAUGAAUAACAAACACAUUGAUUCAAACAUUCAAAUGGAUGAAGAACGGCAAAAGUUAGAUGGAAAACCCGGUGUUCGAAUGCGAAUAUUAGAAGGAUCAUUGUUGAAUUUUAUAUCGGGUGAUAGUUUAAAUAUAUCAUGUGAAAAUACGGAUAAAUUUGCUAGGAAUGCUCGAUGGUCAUCUCAAUUAGAUUUGACCACAUAUCCUUUUCAAUUAGAUGGCAAUACGCUCUAUAUUAAUCACAGUUUAAAAUUGGUCAAUAGUUUUGUUCAAUGUGAAACUGAUAAUGAAAUAGGUGCAACACAAGUUAUUCUUGACUUUGGUGAAAUAUAUGCCGAUGAUAAAAUUGGCAUAUCGAUAACAGCUGAACCGUAUAUUGAUUUAGAAGCUGAUUCAACAAAUAAAAAAAUUGGUGAUAGUUUAGAUUUAAUAUGUAGAACACAAGAUAAUACAGUUGAUCAAAUUCGAUGGGCACCAAUCAAUCGUAUAUCAUAUCCGUUAGGUAUUCAAUAUUCGGAAGAAAAUCGUUUAACAUCUAUUAUUCAUAUUGAUGAAUUGAGUGAGGAACAUGAAGGAGAAUACGCAUGUAUAGGUAAAGAAAAACAACAAACAGCAGUUAUGAUUGUCGAAUUAAAUUUACAAAAAACACCAAAUAUUGUUUUAAUGAAAGAAUAUCUUCUUUUAUCUGAUCAUAAAUUACCAUUUAAAGAAAUUGAAUCAAAUCAACAAUAUAAAAUAAAAAAUACGCGAACAAUUCGUCGAUCAAAAGAUCUACAAUCAUUAACGUUAAAAUUGUAUAAUCAAAUUCCUUUACUAUCGAUAAAAAGUCGAUUCUAUAUUGAUUGUAGUGCCAAUGGCUCUAAAAAUGUGACUUGGAUUGAUAGUAUGAGAAGACCAGUAGACGAUGAAUAUUUACACGUAUAUAACAGUAAUCAUAUUCGAUUACUAUUAAAUUUUUCUCUAAUUUCUAUUGAUUGGAAAUAUACUUGUCAAACAGAUCAAUUAUCAUCGACUAUUCAUUUUAUUAAAAUUGAUCAAAAUUCAACUAUAUAUUAUAAACCUCUAGUUUAUUCGAUAACUUCUCCCAAUUUAGAUAUUAAUUAUCCUGAACAAUUUAUUGUACAUGAUAUGCAAUCAAUAGCGACAUGCAACUCAAAAGAUAGUCAUACUCAAUGGUCUAUAAUUGAACACGGAAAUUUACCAGUAUCUAUUGUCAAAUCCAAUUUAUAUUUUGAAGAUAUUUUUAAUCAUAAUUAUGGUGCCUAUGAAUGUUUUGUUCAUACAUCUCAAUUCAUCAGUUCAAAACAAUUGAAAAUAUUUGUUAAAAACAGAAAAAAAUACUUUACUAUUAAUACAUUUACGAUAAAACAACUUAUAUAA